CUUGUACUAUUUUCCUCCUUUGCGCUCCCCUACCCUCACUACCAUUCCACUCCUCCUCCUCACUUGCUCUCCCUUCCUUUUUGCUUGCCUUCUGUUUAGUCAUUUUUUUUGUUUCAAGUCUUCUGUCCUUAUCUCUUGUCUUUAUCUAUUUCAAGUCUUAUCUUUUUUUCCAUAAUAAUUUCUACACAGACUUCCUAAACUUGCAAACUCUCCAGACAGUCAUUCAUUCACCAUGUCUGACAAAAGUCAUAUGCAAAUGAAAAGAAAAGAGAGAAAAGACAAAGAAGUGGCUGAAACGACUAAGGAUGUAAAGGAAGCGAAGUCUGAAGGAGAGAAGACCGAGAAUAAUGGAGAGGCCCCGUCAGCUGAGGCGGCAGCAGCCAGUGGUGCAGUAGCAAAUGGUCAGAAUGGAGAUUUUCAGGUGGAGCCAAUGGAACUCCCUCCAUUUGAAAUCAUCACAGGGGACCGGAUUGAUCCGCACAUCUUUAAGUUCCAGUUUAAAAAUGUGGAAUACUCCUCAGGCCGCAACAAGACCUUCCUAUGUUAUCUGGUGGAUAAAGGGAACACAGCCGAUGGGCUGCUGAGGGGCUAUCUGGAGGAUGAGCAUACCGGCUCUCAUGCUGAGGAAGCUUUCUUCACACAGUGCCUGCCACACUACGACCCUGCACUCAAAUACACAAUCACCUGGUAUGUGUCCUCUAGUCCCUGCACUGCUUGUGCAGAAAAGAUUGCUGAGGUGUUGAAAGCCAGGAAAAACAUCAAGCUGAGCAUUUUUGCUGCUCGGCUGUUUGAGUGGGAGGAAGCAGAGAUCCAGGCAGGGCUGAGGGCCCUGCAUGCUGCUGGCUGUAAGCUGAGGGUCAUGAAGCCUCUGGACUUCUCCUACACCUGGGACACGUUUGUGGAGAAUGAGGAUCAACCUCUGAACCUGUGGGAGGACUGCAAAGAAAACUAUGAAUAUUACCAUGAGAAGCUGGCUGACAUUCUACAGUGACCACAGGAUCCAGUAUGGAGUGUGUGCCCCCUGAUCAUCAGCAUUACUGCUUUACAGAUGAUUCAUGUUGAUGUGACAGAAUAGCUGUGUGUGGAUGAGUCAAUGUGUUUCCUUUUUUUGAGUGUGUUCAUGAAUGCUAUAAACACACUUUCUGUGCCCACAGCAUCUAGCAGUGACCCCAACAUGUGGUUUCCACUCUGGGAUCAUCCUGCUAUCAUACAUUAGUGCUUUACUUGUUUGGAAUAGUUUUUGUUUUUUGCACAUUUUUGCACAAAGUGAUUUGAAUGAACUACUUGGAAUAUUUCUGGUUUCAAGAUGUUCAUAUGUGUUGUACACUAACAGCCACAACACUGAAACCGGUACAACUACAAUAUUAAAACUAUUAACUGGUUUUAAUGUUGUGGCUUAUCCGCAUAUAUCAUGUAUAGAAUACAGAGGAUGCUGGUUUGUCCAGAUCCUUGUAGACCUGAUUGUAAGGUUCCUCCAUAUUUAGAGUUAACCCAGCAGCAGUUAACCUACUCUCUGUAGGGCUUGGUUUGUGUGUGUGUGUGUGUGUGUGUGUGUGUGUGUAUGUGUGUGUGUGUGUGUUCGUAUGACUGUGUAAGUUAACUGACUAUGAUAAACAUUGUAUUGAGUUGAGCACUGUGAGAAAGUGAUGGCACUGAAAUAACUGAACUCCACCUUUAGUCUUCUGGACAACACUCUCACUACAAACUGUGAAAGUUCAAAUGAAUAUCAUUCAUAUCUGUUUAUAUGACAGGUUUACCUGUUUGGGAACUUAGGUUUUAAAAACAUUGACUGACAGCUCCUAGUUUGCCCCCCGACGUGAAAAGGUCAUUAGAACUUAAUCUGAAUGUAGUGCAUAUUCCCAAAUACAUUUGAACUGAAUCUAACCACCAGAAGCCAGCUGACACACAUUGAACAUAUGGCUUUCCAGGCCACUGACUGUGUGUCUGCAUCAGAGUAUCAGAGUAUCUCAGAUGUAUUUUUUAGUCGUCUGUCUCACACAUCUGAUAGAACUAAUCCUAUUUUAAUCAAUCCAGUUGUUACAUAGCCAGCUAUGUAGCCCCUGUGUAACAAUUUGAUUAAAAUGUCUUGCUUGCAUGUCUUACAUCUAUAUGCACGUAAACAUGACCCAAAAUGUAGCUUUGUGAUCAAAAUCCAUUUUCCUGUGUUUUGUAAAUGUAACUGCAGUGAUUGUGUAUUGGGCUCUGAGCACUUCCAAAACGUGACCUACAACUCAAUACUGUGCCGACACAAACAGAGCACUGAAGCUGCUGCUGAUGCUGCUGCUGCUUCUGCUCACACUAUGCUUCCUGUGUAGAUAUGGUGUGAGGCUCUGGGGCUAGUUCAGUCUUUUUUGUUCAGAGUCAUCUGUUCAGAUCCAAAUCAUGUAUCUGUAUUUAACUGCUGUUGCUCUGUUCUUUCACUAAUAAACAGAUUGAGUAGUU